GAGCCGCCGGACCCGGGUUAGUUGGUAACCUGUCACGCUCCAAAUGCAGCUUCUCCCGCGGCUCUGCAUGGCCGCCAGUAUGACGGCCGGAGGCGACGGCGACGGGAACAGCAACACCAACGGGAACAGUAACAAGCUGGCCACGGCAGUGUCCUCCUCCUCGUCGACCGUCUCCACGUCGUCCUCCGCCGCGGCGGCCGCGCUGUCGGAGGCGUCGUCGUCGACAUCCCUCCCUUCUCUUCCUUCGCUCUCCGCCACGACGAGCGCCUGCCUCGCCGCGUCCUUCGUCCACGUCACCACGCUCCUCCCUCUGUCCGCGGCCUCCGCGUCGUCCGCCGCGGCCGUCGUCGCGGCGCUGGACUCCACGCACGGCCUCGUCGUGGCACGGCCGGCGUACGUGGCGCUCCACGACCUCGCCACCCUCGAGGCGACAUCCAUCUCCGACUCGGCGGACGACGUGGCUACCGCCGGCUCGGUGAAGUGCGUGGCGCACCUCCACGGCGGCGCGGCCGUCGUGACGGGCCACCAGGACGGGAGGCUGAGGCUUUGGCGGGUCUCCUCGCGCGCGCCCGCGCGGCUCCGCCUCGCAGCCGCGCUCCCCACGGUCUCCGAUCGCCUCCGCCGGUUCCCCGUCCCGUCCAACCACGUCGCCGUCCGCCGCCACCACCGCCGGCUCUGGAUAGAGCAUGCCGACACUGUGUCCGGCGUCGCGGCCUCCGUCGACGGUCGCCUCCUCUUCUCCGUCUCCUGGGACAAGACGCUCAAGGUGUGGGCCCUUCCGUCGCUCCGCUGCCUGCAGUCUCUGCCGGCGCACGACGACGCCGUGAACGCCAUCGCAGUAGCGCCCGACGGCACGGUGUACACCGGCUCCGCCGAUAGGCGCGUCCGCGUCUGGGCGCCCCGCCCCGCGUCCGACAAAACCCCACGCGCCGCGCACAGCAGGAAUCCGGUCUACCACCUGGUCGCCACCCUGUCCCGCCACACGGCGGCGGUGAAUGCCGUGGCCGUUGGGUGCGGGGGGCAGGCGCUGUACUCGGGCGGCAACGACCGCUCCAUCGUGGUGUGGGAGCGGGAGGACAGCGCGAGCCACAUGGUCGCGCUCGGGGCGCUGAGGGGCCACCGCAAGGCGGUGCUGUCCAUCGCGUGCGCCGCGGGCGGGCUGGUGGUCAGCGGGUCGGCAGACCAGACGGUGCGCGCCUGGCGGCGAGCCGCCGACGGGCGGGGGUACGCUUGCGUCGCCGUGAUCGAAGGGCACGGCACCGCCGUCAGGUCGGUCGCAGCGGCGCCCGUGCCGGCGCAGAAGCAGCGGCAUGGGGGCGACGGCGGCGGCGACGAGGAGGAGUGGACGUUGUGCAGCGCGAGCUUCGACGGGGAGGUGCGGGUCUGGUCGCUGAGCAUGUCGGGUUUGUAGUAGGUACGAUUUGGCGCGAUUUUUUGACGUAGGAAAGUGUAUUCUUCUUCCUACCAUUUUUUGAUUUGGCUUGGAGAUUUCGUAGUGUGCGUACCAUUUUUUGAUUUGGCUUGGAGAUUUCGUAGUGUGCGUACCAUUUUUUGAUUUGGCUUGGAAAUUCUACCAGUGUUUGUAAAGAUUCACCUAACUAACUAGAGAGAGAGAGAGAGAG